AUGAGAGUUAGAAAGAGACAAAGCGAGCGACUUUUAGACUUUAACUUAACCUCUUUAACCAAAUUAGUAACAAUAAGAAUGAAUUCAUUUUCACGCCUUUUUAUCCGUAGUUUAUCAUCUUUAAGCGCACCCCCGAAAAUUUGUAUAGUAGGAUCAGGCCCCGCUGGGUUUUACGCAGCCCAACACCUCCUAAAACACACCCCGGAAGCAAAGAUAGAUGUAUACGAAAAACUACCAGUUCCUUUUGGAUUAGUUCGCUUUGGAGUGGCCCCAGAUCAUCCUGAGGUUAAAAAUGUAAUUAAUACAUUCACAAAAACAGCCCAACAUCCAAAUGUAACAUUCAUUGGAAACGUUAAAUUAGGUGUUGAUGUUAAAUUGAAGGAGUUACAAGAAGCUUAUCAUGUUGUGUUAUUGGCUUAUGGGGCUGAUAAAAAUAGGAAAUUAAACGUCCCAGGGGAAGAAUUAAGCAAUGUUAUCCCUGCCCGAAGGAUUGUGGGGUGGUACAACGGAAUUCCAGAAGAUAAAGAUUUAAAAAUUGACCUUAAAAAGUCAACUGUGGUCAUUUUUGGGCAAGGAAAUGUUGCAAUCGAUGUUGCAAGGAUUUUAUUGACCCCAAUUGAUGUUUUAAAGAGAACUGAUAUGACUCAAUAUGCAAUUGAAGCUCUUUCGGAGUCUCAAAUUAAUGAGAUUUAUUUAAUUGGAAGAAGAGGUCCUUUACAAGCUGCUUUUACAAUAAAAGAAUUACGCGAGAUUUUAAAAUUACCUAAUUGUAAAACAACUUGGAAUCUUGAUGAUUUUAUUGGAGUAAAAGAUGUAAUUUGUAAUUUAGCGCGCCCAAGGAGACGAUUAACUGAAUUGAUGCUUAAAUCUCUCUCAGAAUCGGAUUUAAAUCAAAAAAAUAAAGUUUUUAAACCCAUUUUUUUCCGCUCCCCGCUUAAAAUUAAUAAAAACAACGUAGUUUUAGGUGUUAAUAAGCUAAUAAAUAACCGCGCUGUUUUAACUGACACAAAAGAAAUCAUUAAUUGUGAUUUAAUCAUAACUAGUAUUGGGUAUAAGAGUGAUCAAGUCGAUUCGGACAUUCCGUUUGAUGAGGAAAAUGGGGUUGCUAAAAAUAUUGAUGGGAAAAUUAACGAGGGGCUUUUCACGACGGGUUGGUUAGGAACUGGGCCAAGCGGGGUUAUUUUAACGACUAUGAGUAAUUCUUUCGGUGUGGCGGAACGAAUCAGUUCUGAAAUAAAUUCGACGAGGUUAAAAAAUAAAUCGGGAUCUGUUUAUAUCUUGGGAUUGCUGAAAACGCGUAAUGUUAAGGUCAUUUUUUGGGAGGAUUGGGUUAAAAUCGAUCUGUACGAGCAAGAUGAGGGGAAAAAACUGGGGAAACCCCGAGAAAAAGUUGUUGAUUUUAAUAAAAUACUUGAAAUAAUUUAAA